AUGGCGCUGCUUCCCUCAGGUGACUUCAUCGACUUGAUUUCGCGAGAUGCCGAGAAUGUGCCAAGCCCCUCAGCAUUUGGCAGUAAAUUUAUAACCGGUGGAGCCGGCGAAGGAGAGCAAAAACUUCGCGAAGAAGAGAAUUUCCAACAAAGACAAGAGGUAAAAUCCGACAACGUUCUUCCAGCGUACUGUGAACCACCAAAUCCAUGCCCUGUCGGAUAUACGGCUGCCGAUGGAUGUUUGGAAGAAUUUGAAAAUAGCGCAGAGUUCUCUCGAAAUUACCAAGCUCAGCAACACUGCAUUUGCGACCAGGAACACAUGUUCAAGUGA